AUGGCGCAAGCUAGUACACCCCCAACCCCGGCUUCCAAGGAGUCUUUGCUUUCGAUCGCGCGCUCUCGUUUGGCAACCGCCUACAAGGCUUCUUCCGCUCGCCCUGGCCUCAGUGCCGUUUCCUUCCAACCUCUCUUAUCUCGUCCUAAUCAGGAUCGUGUUGCGACGCUGUCGUGGUCUAUUGGCCAUCACAGAUGGCUUUUCCUUGUGGUAUGUGAUGGCCAUGCAGGCUCGGUUACCUCGGACUAUACCGCUCGUCGUCUUCCUGCGCGCAUUCAUUCCGCCCUUACCAUAUUUGCCACAUCGGAUAAAGCCCCUUCCCUUGGCACAGCGUCAUCAUCCGAGAUCUCCCAGUUGCUCAUUCGCGAGGUUGAGGCAUUCGACCGACACAUCGGCAAGACUCUCAAAAAACUCGUGCCGGAUGCGUCCAAGCUCUCAGGAGACGAGGCGCGCGCAUUGCUUGGGGACGCCGAGAAACGCGAAACGCUACAGAGGGCCAAUCACGGCACAACCCUCGCUGCGGCACUCGUCAACUUAGACGAGCGAUGUGUGUGGAGCAUCGGGCUAGGCGAUUCGACUAUUGCUAUCACCACGACGCGCAAUAGUCCUGGGGAAAGGCCGAGAUGGAAAAGGCUGAAUGAGCUCCACCGACCCACCAACCCGCAGGAGUACUUUCGGGUCAGUAUGGCCCAUCCGGGAGAGGACGAACGCAUCGUUAUACGUAAUUCGGAUAGGAUCCUCGGUGCAUUGUCCAUCACUCGCGCUAUCGGAGAUUUCUCCAUGAAAUUACCUUCCUCGUAUGCCUCCAACAUAUUUGCACAUCUGCCCACCAGUGCACAUCCCGACCACUUGGCGAACGUCAUCGAGUACUCGCACAGUCCGCCCUACAUCUCUUCCACACCACACGUCUCCUUCCUCGAUCUCGACGCCGAAGGAUUCUGGGACCGUGACCCCACGGUUCUCGUAUUCUCCGACGGCGUUGAUGCAAUUGUCGAGGGAGCGUUUGUCUGGCGGCCAGAUGCACCCAGCGAUGCAGAUCCUGUGCACGUACUAUCUUUGCUCCUUCAAGACGAUGUUGCGUCGCAGGCUGAAGUUGAAGGGAUUCUUGGACAUCCCAUUCAGCCGCAUUGGAGUGAAGGCGGCAAUAGCGCCGUGGAACUACUCGGGCACCUCGUUGGCGGUGCUGACGUGCGCCGCGUUGCGCGCAUGGUGGAUCAAACCAGACUAGCAGCCGAACGACACCUGUUCAAGGUCGAUGACACGAGUAUGGUGGUGUGUAACCUGGCGAAGACUGCACGUGAGGACGGUCCUAGUGUGAAGGGUAAAGGCAAACCCGUGUGA